UUGAACCUUCAUAGCUGUGGUCAGUUGUGAACUAGAAUCGUAGGACCUUUCAUCAUGGACUUUUACUACCAUCCUUGCUCGGCUCCUUGCCGCUCCGUCAUAAUGACAGCCAAGGCCCUUGGAGUCGACCUGAAUAUGAAGCUAUUGAAGGUCAUGGACGGGGAGCAUCUGAAGCCGGAGUUCGUGAAGCUUAAUCCCCAGCACUGCAUUCCAACCCUGGUGGACAAUGGCUUCUCCAUCUGGGAAUCGCGUGCCAUUUUGAUCUACUUGGUGGAGAAGUACGGCGCGGAUGACUCCCUGUACCCAAGCGAUCCCGAGAAGAAGGCCGUGGUCAAUCAGAGGCUCUACUUCGACAUGGGAACCCUGUUCCAGAGUUUCAUUGAGGCCAUCUAUCCACAGAUAAGGAGAAAACAGCCUGCCGAUCCAGAGGCCAUGCAGAAAGUGGACACCGCCUUUGGGCACCUGGACACCUUCCUGGAGGACCAGGAAUAUGUGGCUGGCGACUGCCUCACCGUGGCUGACAUUGCCCUGUUGGCCUCCGUUUCCACCUUCGAGGUAGUGGACUUCGAUAUAGCCCAGUACCCAAACGUGGCCAGGUGGUACGAGAAUGCCAAGGAAGUCACUCCCGGUUGGGAGGAGAACUGGGACGGUGUCCAGCUAAUCAAAAAAUUUGUCCAGGAAGGGAAUGAGUAAUUUGAUGUCAUUAGUAGGGUCAUUAGUAAAUA